AGAGAAAACGUUAACUGUCUUUUAUGAAAGGAGAGGGCUUUUGCUUUUUUGCCAAAACACACGUAUUUGCGAAUUUACUUUUCUCUUCUUCACUCUUCUUCUCUUCUCUUCUCUCUCUUCAAGGCCAUCUCCAUUUUUUUAAUUGCUAUUAUACGGGAAGGGAUUGUAUUAAUAUUUUCCUCUCUUUAAUUUUCUCAGGAAACUGAGCUUUCUAUCUUUCAUCCUCUCUCUCUCUCUCUCUCUCUCUCUCUCUCUCUCUCUCUCCAUCUCUAUUAUACAAAUACUUCGCCAACUUCAUGGCCUCAUAAAAGCCUCUGAGAUCUGCUAUGUACUCCUACUGGAUAGAGAAUUGCAGGGCAGGGAAAGCACAAGAGGUCAUUGGAACAGGUGCAUUUGACGGCAGAAUAAAUAAAGAAACUUGAAGUUCUUCUGUGGAUUGCAUUUAUUGGUCUGCUGUUGUAUUGUCAUUCUCAUGGUGGGAGUGCAUUCCGUUGGAUUGGCUACACUAGAACUCAAUAUGGAGCUGUUUGUUUCAUGAGGUGAAGCAUCUAGAUUUGGAGGGCCCUUGAAGUCCGCAUAUUAUGAGUACUGUUUGAUGUGUUCUUUAUUACUUGUUACUUGGUCGCAAAGAUGCUAUCUGUUUUGAGUUUGCCUACGUGUUGCUGAUCAAAGAAAUUGCCGAUGCCCUGCUGAAUGACUUGUGAAAGGUUGCAUCCUUUCUUGGAGUACGGGGUUGCAGUAAGAAGAAAUGUAAUUUACAUAGCUUGGUUUCUAUCAAAAAUUUAUAUAGCUUGGUAUAUAUUUGGGGGUUUUUUCUGUUUAUUUGAAGUGUUGUUUAAGUGCGAUAUUGCACUGGUACUUCUGGAUUAUUUGAAGCAGCAAUAAAAUCAUGGAAGCUGAGACUCUAAACGUUAACGAGCGGCUAGGUCUUCUUCACCGGCUACGUCCUUCUCUGGCACCUGUGCUUCUUAUCGCAAUUGGAUAUGUAGACCCAGGGAAGUGGGUGGCAACUGUAGAAGGGGGUGCCCAUUUUGGGAUUGAUCUGGUGGCGCUAAUGCUUCUUUUCAAUUUUGCUGCCAUUUUGUGUCAAUAUGUGUCGGCACAAAUAAGUGUUGUCACUGGCAGAGAUCUAGCUCAGAUUUGCAGGGAUGAGUAUGACAAAUGUACAUGCAUGUUCUUAGGAAUUCAGGCUGAGCUUUCUGCUAUCACAUUGGACCUCACCAUGGUUUUGGGCAUUGCCCAUGCACUUAAUCUUCUACUUGGGGUGGAUUUAUCUACUGGUGUUUUUGUAGCUGCCAUUGAUGCUGUUUUGUUUCCCAUUUUUUCCACCCUCUUGGAGAAUCACACUGCAAAUGUCAUGUGCAUUUGCUUGGCAGGCCUCAUAUUACUUUCUUAUGUUUUGGGAGGGCUACUCAGCCAGCCAGAAAUCCCACUCUCCAUGAAUGGGAUAUUGUCAAGGCUGAGUGGGGAGAGUGCAUUUGCCCUGAUGAGUCUACUUGGAGCGAAUAUUAUGCCUCACAAUUUUUAUCUCCAUUCUUAUAUUGCUAAGAUGCAUUCAUCCCCACCAUGCAAUUCCAAGAGCACCUUGUGUCAUGAUCAUUUUUUCUCCAUCUUAUGCGUCUUCAGUGGAAUUUAUCUGGUGAAUUAUGUCCUGAUGAAUGCAGCCGCAAAUGUGUUUGAUAGUACCGGCCUUGUGUUACUUACCUUUCAGGAUGCAAUGUCACUAAUGGAGCAGCAGGUUUUUAGGAGUCCACUAGCCCGGGUAGCCUUUCUGCUGGUUCUGUUUUUCUCUAAUCAAAUUUCUGCAUUAACCUGGAAUAUUAGUGGACAAGUGGUUCUACAUGAUUUCCUCAAACUAGACAUACCCAAUUGGCUUCAUCGAGCUACAAUCAGAAUUAUUGCUAUUGUCCCGGCACUUUAUUGUGUAUGGACUUCAGGAGCUGAAGGGAUUUAUCAAUUGCUUAUUUUCACACAGGUUAUGGUGGCUCUCAUGCUUCCAUCAUCUGUGAUCCCCCUUUUCCGCAUUGCAUCAUCAAGACCGAUUAUGGGUGUCCACAAAAUUUCUCAAUUUCUAGAGUUCUUAGCAUUGGUAACAUUCAUGGGGAUGCUGAAAGAGGAGCUCAUUCAGAUGCAGGAGCCAUCGGUCGGGCUGGGAGGCUCUGUGGAGAUACAGUCAGAUACAUCUGUUGCGAAUUUUGGUCUUGAUUUGCGUGAGAAUAUCAUGGGAUCUGAUCGAGAAAUUCAUUUGACAACUGUUGAGGAAAAUAAUUCUCCCAUUACAUUUCCUUGCCCAUCAGUAAAUCAUCAUGAAGAGUUGGAAUCCAAAUCAGAGCCACUUUUAGUCUUGCCUAUAAUUAACAAUGUCACUGAUGAUGAUUUGAUGGAGACCAAGACUGUGAAGGUUGACAUGACAAACCCUGUGGAAAAAACAGUUGGUGUAGAGGGAGAUAUAAGGACUGAAAAGGAUGAUGAUGAGGGGGAUACUUGGGAGCCUGAAGAACCUUUGAAAGCAAUUCCUGCAAGUUCCUUAUCUUUGUCAUCAGAUGGUCCAUCUUCAUUGAGAAGUCUCAGUGGCAAAAGUGAUGAUGCUGGUAAUAGUGCUGGAAGUCUUUCAAGAUUGGCAGGUUUGGGGCGUGCUGCAAGGCGUCACUUUGCAGCCGUUCUCGAUGAUUUCUGGGGCCUGUUGUUUGAUUUCCAUGGGCAUGCAACUGCAGAGGCAAAGGCUAAGAAAUUGGAUACGUUGCUGGGGCUAGAUUUAAAGCUAGCCUCCUCAUUGAAAGUGGAUACUACUUCUGUGAAAGAAUUCAGUGGAUACUUCCCAUCUGUAGGAGGAAGAGGAUCUGAGUCCCUUGUAAAUCAAAGUAUAUAUGAGUCUAUGAAGCAGCAGAGAGUGCAAGGAAAUCUUGAUUCAUCAUUUGGAGUUCAAAGGGGAUCUUCUUCACUUUGGCCCUCUAACCACAUGCAUUUGUUGGAUGCAUAUGUCCAAAGCUCUAUCCGUAAUGUUCAGGACUCGGGUGAGAAAAGGUACUCUAGUUUGCGUUCUGUACCUACUUCUGAGGGCUGGGAUAAUCAACCAGCCACGGUGCAUGGUUAUCAGAUUGCAUCAUAUCUCAGUCGAAUUGCCAAGGAUAAAAGUUCUGAUGGCUGGUAUGGUCAAAUGGAUUCACAAGCAUCAAAGUUAUCAACCCUGGGAACAACAAAUUAUAGAGACCAACUUGCUUUUGCAUUGGGGCAAAAGUUGCAUAAUGGUAUAAGCUCUAUGAGCGCUGCACGGGCUUCUGGAUUUCAGAAUCUUGUGGUGUCAAGAAACAGUCCCUUGCAAUCAGAAAGAUCAUAUUGUGAUGUUCGCGGUACUGGACCCGGUGAUAAUGUGGGGAUACCGGCCAAUACGAAGAAGUACCACAGCUUGCCUGACAUUUCGGGUCUUUCUAUCCCUCUGCGGGAUCUGUACACGUCUGACCAGAGUUCUCAAUUGGAAGGUUCCGUUGGCUAUGGAUCAUCUGUUGGUAGGGCUAACAACUAUGAAACAUCUGUUUAUUCAAAUUCUGGAUCAAGGGCCGGAGCUCCUCUGGCUUUUGAUGAGCUCUCACCUUCAAAAGGCUACAGAGAUGCUUUUGCCUUGCCAAUGAGUUCUAGCUCAGAUACUCUAUGGUCUAGACAGCCCUUUGAGCAGUUUGGUGUAGCUGAUACAAAUCGCAAUGUUGGGAGUGAGGGACAUGGGAACAAGGCAAAUUUGGUUACUCGAGAAUUCACUUCUGCUGUGGAUUCUGAGGCCAAGCUUCUUCAAUCUUUCAGACAUUGUAUUAUGAAGCUUCUAAAAUUGGAAGGGUCUGACUGGUUGUUUAAACAAAAUGAUGGUGCUGAUGAGGACUUAAUUGAUCGUGUAGCUGCAAGAGAAAGAUUUAUAUAUGAAGUUGAAACCCGUGAUGCAAACCAAGUGGGUCACACAGGUGAACCUCUGGUGUCAUCAGUUCCGCAUUGCGGAGAGGGCUGUGUUUGGAAAGCUGAUUUAAUAGUAAGCUUUGGGGUUUGGUGCAUUCACAGGAUUCUUGAUCUGUCACUUAUGGAAAGUCGGCCGGAGUUGUGGGGAAAGUACACUUAUGUGCUAAAUCGCCUUCAGGGGGUCAUUGAUCUGGCAUUCUCGAUGCCUCGUACUCCAAUGCUUCCAUGUUUCUGCCUUCAAAUCCCUGCAGCUCAUCAACACAGGUCAAGCCCUCCAAUUUCAAAUGGAAUGUUGCCUCCUGCUUCCAAACCAGGCAAGGGAAAAUGCACAACUUCUGCUAUGCUGCUAGACAUGAUUAAGGAUGUUGAGAUUGCAAUAUCUUGCCGAAAGGGUCGAAGUGGUACUGCUGCCGGUGACGUGGCUUUUCCAAAAGGCAAAGAGAAUCUGGCUUCAGUUUUGAAGCGUUACAAGCGACGUUUGUCCAACAAACCAGUUGGAGUCGUCCAUGAAGGAUCUGGGUCACGGAAGGUUUCUGCAUCGGCAACUCCUUAUGGCUUAUAGCUUGUAUUAACGGUAAGCCUAAGUUGGCAUGAAGAUUUGAGUUGUUUAAUUUUGGAAGGCAGCUCACUGUUUAGAUCAAAGAGUGUUCAGUCAUUGGAGGACUCUUGUCUCCUCUUACUCUUCCUGUCACACUCGUGUAUUAAAAGUCAUUGGUGCAAAUACUGCUUCCAUGCAUGCUAUGUAUACCUAGGAUAAAAGUUACUGGAUAUGUAAUUGCUGCGGAAUUCUGGAAAAGGAAGGUAGAAGAAAGGUGGAAAAUUGGUCAAUAGCAAUUAUUGAGUCGGUUGUUUUUAUUCUUCAACGUGUUCAGUCAAAUGAUCUCCAUUGAGUUAGAUGAAGCAAAA